GUAACUUCAGUUCAUAGCAAAUACAUAGAAGAGAGAACUCCAGUUGACCGUCAAGAUAUUUCUCGCAUUGAUUGCAACCAAGUGUAGUUGUCUUAUAGCCUCCAAUUGUAUUUUAUCUCGGAUUUUGGACCGUGGGAUGACGGAAUAAAGUUCCACAUAAGCCACACUAAAGUCUGUGAAUAUAUUUCUUUUGGAGUGAGAGUAUUUAGCCGAAACUCCGUCCGUUUAUCUGGGAUAAAGGGCGGCAGCCACAGGAUUUGUUUAAAAAUAAUUUUUAUCAUUAUUUCUGAAGUAUUCCACUGCGGACCGAAACAACAUUGAAAUAUUCUUCGAAAUGCCGCCAGCUUUCGACCGACCGUCGACCAUGUGUAAACAACCCUGGACAAAAUGUACACAGACUUUAUCAGUUGUGGUCACGAUAGUCUUCAGUUUCCUGAGUGUAAUAGUACUUCGGCUUAAUUGAAGAAUAACCUUCCAAAAUGUUCAUAAACUGAUACCGGAACUAUUUUUGCUACCUUCAAGUGAUCAGGAAAUAUUCCUGAGUCUAAUGCUUACCAUCACCAUCAGUCUAUGUCAGUACCGCGAUGAUGCGACCAUCUGCACUCCAGGCGUCCAUGACGACAGGACUAGCUCUUUUGACGCGAUUAAGAAGUUCUUGAUUUCUCUGCGUCAAGUCCUCUACCAGAGAUUUCUUCAUUCCUUUGAGUUUUCUCCGAUGAGCUAGUACCUCUUGUCUUUUCCGCCAUGGUUGCUUAGAAGUGUAACAAUGGACUGUUGGAUAAUUGGUCUCCUGAAGAUAGCACUAAUGAAUAGAAUUCAUCUCCUGAAGAUAGCACUGGUGAAUCGAGUACAUUGUUUGAAGAUAACACCGAUGAAUAGAUGAGUAGACAAUGUAGAUGUGACACAAACAAAGAAGCACAGAGUUCACCUGAGUACAUACAUCUGGACAUCUACUAAAGCUGGACAAAAUCAGGUAGAAACCACAUCAAACUGAGCAAGUGGGACUGAAGCACAAAAUAUGGACUCCAAAAUGGUUGAAAGCCAAUUUGUAUUUCACUGAUAAUAGUCAACAGAAGUGGCUUCGAAACAGUAAAACAUCCCUGGAAGAAUAUAAGUUGCACAGCAGAGAUGGCCGAUGAUACAACAGAGGAUCCUACAUUGAAAAGAAAGUUGGAUCAAGGGCUAAAGAUAUCUGACGAGCCAUGGAUGGAAAUGGCUGGUUCAUCAAAGGUAAAAAACCAGAGAAGACGAACGUCAUCGUUGCAUCGAUAUAAAGAACUAUCUGAUUCAUUCAAGGUUAGUGAGCCGACAGGACUUAUGUUACUGGACUCUUCAUCAUCAGAAGAAGAACUACCUGCUUCUUCCCAGGUCAGAAACCAGAGAAGACGAACGUCAUCGUUGCAUCGAUAUCUAUCUGAUUCAUUCAAGGUUAGUGAGCCGACAGGACUUAUGUUACUGGACUCUUCAUCAUCAGAAGAAGAACUACCUGCUUCUUCCCAGGGUAGUGAGCCGAGAGGACGAAUGUCUAGGGACCGUUUAGCAGCAGACCUAUAUGGUUCAUCCCAGGGUAGUGAGCCGAGAGGACGAAUGUCUAGGGACCGUUUAGCAGCAGACCUAUAUGGUUCAUCCCAGGGUAGUGAGCCGAGAGGACGAAUGUCUUGGGACCGUUUAGCAGCAGACCUAUAUGGUUCAUCCCAGGGUAGUGAGCCGAGAGGACGAAUGUCUUGGGACCGUUUAGCAGCAGACCUAUAUGGUUCAUCCCAGCAGAGCCCGCUGGGAGAACAGUUUUUAGAAAUGAAGUGGCCACCCUCGGUAAGUGAGCCAGGAGGACUAACGUCAUGGGACCAUCUACCAAAAGAACUAUCUGGUUCAUCCCAGGUUAAAGAGCCGCGAGUAAUAAGAGCAUCAGUUCAUCCAAUUGGAAGGGCGGCUGGUCCAUCCAAGGUUAAGAAGUUGACAAAAGUAAAGUUACGAGGCGAGUCACCGAUAGAAUUCAAGCUUUCAAGAAAUUUAAAUGACGUCCUUCUCAACACACGGACACUGCAUGUUUUUGCUAGUGAGAGCUCGUAUCGAUAUCGUACACUACAGGAGCUUCAAGAAUAUACCACCGAGACCGCCGUUUUUGGAUAUCGCGGGCAGGAAUUACGUAAAACUGUAUACUGGAAAAGUGAUGGCUCUUUGACUUAUAUCAUAUGGAGACAUCCAGGACAACACAACCUCCAAGACACGAUAUCUGCACUGGCUCCAUUGUGUCAAGCAGUGGGAGAUAUUACUGUUGACCAUGCAUUUUUACAUGAACAUACAAGAAAGCCUUUCAUUUCAAUGAUAUCAGUUUUCAGAGUUUGCCUGUACUUGAUAAACACGGAUUCAUCUCUUCAAGAUACAUUACUUGCCGUCAGUGAUUGUUUUCCUAAUGUAAAGAAUCUGGUUCUGUAUUGUGAUCGUGCAGAAUUUUCAUUGAUUAGCAGAUACCAUUCCGACACCCCGAUGUCUUCUUUGAGAAGAUUGGAAGUACGUAACCUAUAUAACUUCGAUAGUCUGUGCAAUCUCUUUCUCUCCAUAUCUUUUUCCUGUCAAAACAUUGAAUCACUCACCGUCACAAGCUAUAAAGCUAUGAAAUGGGAUAAGUCAAACACAGCUAUUGAAGAAUGCAAAUUACCUAAUCUGAAUGAUUUUCAUCUUCAGAGUCGGCCUCAACACCACUAUGCACUUCAAAUGAUUACAAACUUACUACUUGAAUGUCGUAUGAUUAGUCCUAGUUUGGAAUUUGUCAAAGUAGAAAGUGUACAGCUAGGAGGUGUAGUAAUGAAGUGUGUUGAAUGGUCCCGAACAUCUUCAGAUUUUGGGUUGCAAAUUAAAGGUGCAUCAGGGGCUGUACCCGUAACUGACUUAAUUGAUCUUACAACUAGUGACCUUAAAGAGGUUGUUGUCCUUACAUUUGACAGCUGCAAGAUUGACUUUAGUCAGUCUGAAAGUCAGUCCCGGCAAAGCCCAAAGAACGUUGGAACGCUGCGGGAAAUCAGGUUUUUGGGUUCAGAAAACCCACUUUCCGAAUCUGACAGGAACAAACUUUCAAAGAUGUAUCCUCAUGUCAAAGUGACAGAUAAACAAGAGAGUCGGGAAUUAUAUGAAGAAUCUCAAAAAGAUGCAGGGAUACUUUCCAAGUUGGACAAGGCGUUAAUCCAACCAUUCCGAACCUCUUCAAUGGUACCCCAUGAAGGGAAUGUCGAAACAGCCAAAAGGGAGUGCUGCAAGAGAGUUGGAGUUCAUGGAGGCACACUGCAGCUAGAGUCCUUUGGGAUUGAACUUGAAAUACCUCCUGGCGCAAUCGACAGCAAAGAGCCACAGGAAAUCUCUCUUCGUGUCCUGACCGAUACUCCUAAUCUUGGUGACACCAACGAAGAGAUGUCAGUCUGCUUUGGCGUACAGUGCUUAGCUCCUGGUGACUUAGUCGUGAGGUCACCGGUGACUUACACAAUACCUCAUUGCGCUGCUACAACACGGUACUCGAGUUUAAAGGCAGUCUUGUACACAGGAGAGGGGGAAUACUCACCACACGCAGUUGUUAAAGAACGGAAAGUACUGUCAAGGUCUGGAAUACCCAGCUGCAACAUCAUGAAGGACGUACUUGAACUCAAGAUGGAUCAUUUUUCGUGGGCGAAGAUUAAGAUAUGGAUCAAGAGCUUCUUCUUCCGCGGAAAGAGGAUGUGCUGUUGGCCGUUUAAACAGAUGAACCUGCCCCUAGCUAAGACACCCGUCAUCUUACAUGCACACCUUUAUGACGAUUUGAAAGGGAACAAAAAGGUGGUGAGAGAGGAUGAAGAGGAAUUGGGAUUUACCCCUGCUCAUAUCGAACAAAAUGUCUUUAUCAAGAAGGCAGAAGUUGAUCUUGAAAUGGGAUGUUAUGUCAAGAAGAAGAAGAUUGGAGAAAUUGCUGUCGUAUCAUUCGAUAGACUGACAAGUGGAACCAGGAUUUGUGAACCGUUUGAGCUGGAUUUCAGUAAUCAUCCAGACAGUGUUGCAGUAUCACUUAGAGCAGGUCAAACCAAGGAACUGGAAGUCAAGUGUUUAUUCCCAUUAGACUUUCCUAUUCUUCAGAAAGCAGUAAAGGCUACGCAACCUGAUACAGUAGGAGUAGAACAUGGUGCAACAAGUUUACAGGCGCAGCAGACAUCAGAGGGAACCUUACAGAUCAAUCCAGCUCGAGAGAGGGACUUUGAUGACAUUAUGAAAACCGUUGCAAAAAUGGUUGUCUCACGGUCGGAGAUACAUGAUCUUGGAAGUGCUCUUGGCUUCGGACCAGAGGAUAUCGACCCUUACGUUGAGGAGAACAAGAAAGAGGCAGGAGUGUCGUAUAUGGGAACUCUUUCAAUGCUUCGUAGGUGGAGAAAGAAUCAAACAAAGAAGACAGAGCUGGAAGCAUUGCAGACUGCUCUAGAAAAGGCUGGUCAAAUCCAUCUCGCUGAUGACCUAUUUGGUGAAUGAUUUAAUGGAACUCAUGAUUUUUGUGAACUAUGAACUAUGUUGUUCAAGGAAUUGGAUAGAGGCAGUCAGUAGGCAAGUCCUCAAAAAGUAGCUUUUUUAUCCUAGUAAUAUUUAUGAUUAGAGGAUGUUUGCAUUAUUUUCAUGCAAUUAAAGUUGUUGUUUUAUACUUAAUUUCUUUUUGAGCCUAAAUGAUCCUAAAAUUAUGAUAAGGCUGAAGAUCUAAGCUUUUAUAUGAUAUAGGUUUUAUAAGAAGAGGUAUUUUGGAUGGGUCAGCAGCCAGCUUUUCAUAGGCCAAGUACAUUCAGCCGCUUAUAAAACAAGAAUACUUCACCCUGAGACCACAUACCCUCGCAAAUCCCAACGUUUCCACACUGGGCAUCUGCAAGGUCACACUCACAAUGUGGUUACCUCUUCGAAUUACACGCGCCUGUUGUUUUGAAAACAUUAUUCAGCCAAUCAAAACUCUGGAUUUUAUGCUACUCAGAAAUUCCAGAAAUUUCCUCUCGUAUCUUGAUGGAAAAGGUUGGUGCUGACCCAUCUAAAAGGUGCCACAUAUACAGAGGAAGAAAAUUCCCUUUGAGGCAUCUAUUCAGGCCUGAAAUUCACUUAUCAAAUUAUUUUAUAAAAUAGAAACGACCAAUAUAAAAGAGUAACAUUUACCCUUUCCUAUGGUACAAGAAUAAUCAAUAUUAUUUGAAUAGAAAUUGGUUAAAUUCUUUGAGAUUUGAAGUCUCACAAUUCACGAGAUUGUGCAGGAAUAUCUUGCUCAUUUGCUUGCUGUUAUAGGGAAAGAAAUAGAUAGAAUGAGAGAAAGAUAAACAAGAUGAGUUUAAUAUGACGUUUGUAGCUGAGAAGGGGUGUGCGAACAUGCACGGAUGAGGAUGUGUCUGUGUGCGUAAGAUCAAAUGUUAUUGAUUCGUCGUGUUUAUGGGAGUUUGUGUGUGUGUGCGUGUGUGUGUAAAGGCGUGCAUAUUUUGAUUGACGCAGCUGAUUGCAAGGUUUUUAUUUGCAUUGUAUGUAUUGUAUCACAGGGUCAAUGCAGUUCAUUGAAAUAAUCUGUUCUGAAGUUUAUUAACAUGUAUUUUAUUAUGUUAACGUAAGUAUUGAAAAAACUCAUUUAUUCAUGAUUUAUGUACUGUAUUUGAAAAUGAUGAAAUACACAUUUUUAAUUAUUUUCUUAUUUGGAUAUGUACUAAAAUUUGAUACGCAGAGAGGCAUUGCAAGUUGUCGUAAUAUAUAUUUUGUACUGUAUUUAUUGAUUUUCUGUACAUUUUGAAAUAUAUCACAAAGGAUGCCAACCAUGAAAAUUGAUAACAAAAUAGAAAAGAGAACAAAUUUGAACUUUAUCAAAAGGUCGAACUGCCUUUGCGAACGUACACGGAUGAGCGUGUGUCUGUGUGUGUAAGAUCAAAUGAUAUUGAUUCGUUGUGUUUAUGGGAGUAGGGGUAUGUGAAGGUGUGUGAGUGUAUGUGUCAGGGCAGGCAUGUUUUAGUUGACGCAGCUGAUUGAAAGGUUUUUAUUUGCAUUUAAUGUAUUGUAUUAUAGGGUCAUUGCAGUUCAUUGAAAUAAUCUGAGCUUAAUCUGAAAUUAUGUUAAUGAAAUUCUUGGAAAGUCAUUAAUUCAUGAUUUAUGUACUGUAUUUCAAUUAAUGAAAUACAAAUUUGUUAUCAUUAUCUGAUUUUAAUGAAAGUAAUAAUAUUGCGUCAUUUUGUUUGAUUUAAUAUAAACGACGUGUUUUCAAGGUACUGCGCAGAGAGGCAUUGAAAGUUGUCAUAAUAAAUAUUUAGUACUGUGUUUAAUGAUUUUUCUGUACAUAGUGAAAUAUAUCACAAAGCAUGUCAAUCAUGAAAAUUGAUAACAAAAUAGAAAAGAGAACAAAAUUUGAACUUUGCUCAAGAGAUCGAUAGAUCACCAGUGGUGAUUUUUUGGGGCAUUGCAUUUUUACAUCCAAAUUGUUUGCAUUAAUUGAAAGCAAAUAUCGUUCAUUUCCUAUUCAGGACAUAAACAAUUAUUUUUUUAUUUCAUUCUCAACAAAAUAUAAAUAAAAAAAAAUACAAUCAUAACAAGUCAACAUCAUAAAAAAAUAUACCAAGUUCAUGAAAUCAACUCGAAAAAGACAUGUUAUAAGAAAGUUGUAUACAAAAUAAUCAUUUGUAAAGGAUUUGUGAUUUAUGAUUUGUGAAAAUGGAGGAUCCCGCUAAAAAGCAAAGCUUGUAUAUUGUAGGCUCCUCAAAAUAUGACAGACGAGAAAUAAAUUUUAUAGAUCUUAUCAUGCAUGCAGUAUUUUCUUUUUUAUUCAAAUCGAUUGAUCCACCUGUUUUUUAAUUGAUAUUUUUCAUUAAAAACACAUAAAAAUACAUACUAAAUGAUACAUGUGAAAUUGACAAAUAAAAAUAGGAGGAUAGCCGGGCUCAGCAGUAUCAAUCAUGGUGUUGCAGGUCUACCGAGGGGUCCUCAGUUUCAAUUUGCCUCCAUUGCAAUGCCCUAUCCAGAGUCGCAUGUAUGCACGUUGAGAUUGUUCAUCAUUGUUGGCCACCCCCACCAUCAUUUCAAGACCUAAAUGUUCUAUCCAACAAAUGACAAAGGGGUUCUAUUUUUUUAUAACUUACAGCGGUUGAAAUGAAAUAACACUAGUCUUUUACAAAAAUUAAGAUGUCUGUUUUGUUUUAGAUGUUUCGUAUCCUUUCUAUUAUGCGUGAAUUGGAUGCUGUGUCAGAAAUAUAUAAAUAUGUAAUAUACAUGCUUUCAUACGUUACACAAGUGAGUGAAACUUAUUACAUGAAGAAGAAACGUGUUCAAUUAUGGAUUAUCCACUAAGAAUAUUUCAGAUUACAUUCUAAGAUUGACCUGUACAUAAAGCUCAGCAUUUCCUUCACCUAAUAUGCUUUUAUUUUCAUACAGCAAAAUGUCAUUUUCAGCUUUGUAUUCUUUAUUAUUUGUCAUAUUUUUCAUGUUUAUUUCUCUUUGUUAUUUACAAAUUAUCUCACAUUCUUGUUUUAGAAUAAUGAUUCUACUAAUAAAUGCAUAUAUAAUCUUGUUUUAGAAUAAUGAUAUGAAACACCUAAGAGGGAUUAGUUGGCAAUAUAUUUACAUGUAUAUAGGUUAUACAUUCUACAAUAUUUUUGCUCCAGUCUUUCAUAGCAGUUUUUAAUACAACAAAAUAAAAUAAUGUUAUUCGAAGAAUACACGGAGAAUUUGUAAAAUUAUCUUAGGCAUUUGGAUAUAUACAUACAAAUGCACGUCAAAUAUGUAUUAACCAAGACUUGAAGAGAGAAGAUUGGCAUGGGGUAAAAAAAAUGCAGAAAAAUCAAAUCAUCCUCUGUGUAAGACAAGGUUACCUCGAAAAAAAAUAUACCAACAUAUCUCUUCGUUUUAAAAACAUCAACAAUGUCAAACAAGAACACAAGAUUUGAAAAUAGUCAAUUGCCCUUUUUGGUUGGUUUUUACUAGAAAAGGCAAUAGACUAUGGCCGCCCCUCCCCUCAUACAGUAGUUUUUGACGUCAUUAACAUUUUGCCCAAAAUGCCAGUCUCCUCUCCUUCAAGUCGUCUCUUUGUUUAAAUGUACGAUUCAAAUCAUGUUAUAAUUCAUUUUUUUUUCUUUUACGAUUUUCACCUAGAUUUGUUACAACUUUUUAAAUGUGCGGUUUUAAAAUGUUUUUUACAGUGUCAUUUUAUUGUGCCUAUAGAAAUUUGUAAGCAUAAAUUUUCCAGCUUCAGCUCUGUAAUUUAAUUUAAUGAAUUGUUAGAAGAUAUAUGAAAAAUUAAUAACGCAAGAAUUGUAUUUUAACGAUGUCUCAGGUAUAGACCUAUUCAUGGCCAUACGCAGCAAGGGGGGCAUGGGGCAGUUGCCUCCAGAAACGUAUACCUUAUACUGAAAAUCUCACAAUUCAACAAGAAUGUGAACGAAAUUCAUUUUCACUAUAGGAAAUGCAAAAGUGCCCCCACCCGACAAGCUCGGUUGCAUUGCUCCCUCGCUCCCGAGUUUUUUUAAAAUGUUUACGCAUCUUGCCCCCCCCCCCCCGGAAAACAUAUCUGGUUGCGCCCAUUGACCUUUGCCUCGUAAAGUGAGUUUUUUUAAUUGCAAGCUGCUCCGUCAAAUAAAGAACACAUAAACACGUUGCAUUCGGUUAUGUUGAUAUUUAAUGUAGAAAUCUCUUUUGUUUGGAUUUCACAGAGAUUGUACCUAAAAUGUUAGGGAGGUACUUUGAAAAUGACUAGGGGAUGUGACAUUAUGUUUAAAAUAAUAUUUAUUUGUUUUAACAGGUUAUCAGCAGAAUUGGUAACCAUGGUGAAUAUAAUCAAAGUACAAGAAGAGCCAGGUAGAAAUAGAGUGUAUUCGUCUUUGAAAUAUUAUUCAAAUGAUAGCACUGGAAAAUUGAAGAAAUCAAGAAAAAGUUUAGGAAUUCUCUAAAAAGUCAUUUUUUUUCAUAAAUUCACACCAUCAUCAUGUAAUUCUAUAAUAGAUAAUUAAUACAAUUAAGACACUUAAAAAAUGUGCAUUUUGUAAUAUUGUGGGGUCAGGCUCGAUUAGCACUAGUGCUAUUUUCUGGUCCCAUUUACCAUAGUAUAUAUUUUUUUAUACAUGUGUGACUGUUAUGCAAUUUGCUUCAUAACCUGUAAACAUGUAAAUAUUGUUGGUAAAUAAAGAAAUCAAAUCAAAGAAAUAAAAUCAAUCAUAUGUCAAUAUUUGAAUACGAUACCUCACCAGAAGAGCAAACCAAGUAGAAUUAAUCAGAAAACACAUGACCUUAUUGUGUCUAUUGCGUAUUGCGAUAUUUGUCCAAGGUCCAAAUCAUCAAUAAAUUACUUAGCUCUCAUAAGGUUUGUAUAUCCUGACUUAACACAAUUAAACACAUGUUUUGUAUUCUACUUUGAGUCAAUUUUCUCAUUUCUUUUCCUUAAUUAUUAUUGCAAUCUUAGUGAGUAUUUUCAACAAUGGUGUUGGAAACUGUCCAAAGUCUACUUCAGAGCUCAUCUCAGCCUGAUUCAACUCCAACAUCUAACAAAACAGUACUGGGGACUACUCGAAAUCACUUAUCUUGAUUUAUACUUAACAAUAAGCGCUCCCAAUAGUGUAUUUUGCAUUUUCAUCUUCUAUUUUACUUAUUAACAAUGCUGUAAUUGUCUUCAUUAAUGUUUCUCUAUCAUUUCUUACGCAAUGAUGUUUUAUAUGUACAUGAGUGAUUGCAUAUUUCAAUGCUGAGUAGAUAUAGGUGCGUAUGAGGCGAAAAUUGAAUAAACAAAUAAACAUGAAUUGUGGUUGUUUAUAAUGUGCAUACAUUUAUCUCACUUGAAAACUUUUGUAUAAUAUGUAUAAUAUGGCACUGUACCAGUCUGAACAUAAUUCAACACAGCGUGUUUACAUAGCGGAUUGUGUGAAUAUGUGAUUCACACCGAACAAUGUUCAAAUCUAAUAGUGUGAAGAUAGUCGUCCUACACUGUGGACGUCUCUAUAUUGUAAACAUAAUGUGAACGCAACGUGGGACGUGCACUUUCUUUUACAAUGUUUAUUUUUCCAAAAUGUUAUUGAUAUGAAAUAUAUUGAGAUAUUAGUCUCGUUGAUUUCACAAAUUUGUUUAUUGACUUAAUCUGCUCGAAGGUCUGAAAUUUACUUAUCAAAUGUUAUGCCCUUUCUUGGUACUUUGAAAAAAAGUUAAGAGAUAUUCUGAAAAUGUUCUCUCAAUUAACUGAUGAAGAAAUUUCUUUUAAAAAUCUCUACAUUUAAAGGGGGGGGGGGGGAAACGCCGGGAUAAACAUACAAUUAUUUCACAAAGCUUAACAUGCUUAACAGUUAAUUAUACCCACUGACAUCAUUUUUUCCCUAAGAUAAUGUGUUUAUGAUUUUAAUUUUUCCAUUUUUAAAAUGACUAUUAUUUUUAGUUUGGGAUUGAAUACGUCGUGAUCUACAAGGUUAACAACAAAAACAAACAAAUUUAAUAGGCAAUAUAUAGGUGUAUCUCGGGGGUACCUGACACGAAUAAGAUAUGGUUUGUUACGAAAAGGAGCAAUGCCAUAAGCAAUCGAUUACUAUAUAUUAAGUCUGCCUACUAAUAUUUCCAUUCAAUACACGAGCAUGAAAGGCAACGCAAGUUUUCGUUAAUAGCGUACUUACAUGUACAGACGAGUAAGUAGUGUCUCACACUGAGUACACUGAAGAUUUGCUGUCCCUUCUCUUUGUACCGAUCUGUUGUUUUAAAGCAAUUUCUAAGUUUUGGUAAAUACCCCUAACGUUUUUCACUGUUCCAGGUCAUAAACAUAUAUGAACUUGCAUGUCCUAAAAUCGUUGCGGUGUUUAUGAUGUUACAGUGGAUGCAUUUUACGUUACAUAGGAAUGUUAUUUCUAUCCGUGCCAUAUAUGUACCUAAUAAAAUAAAUCAACGAUUGUAUAA